AUGGAUUUUGUUAGCAGAAACACUGGAGGAGGUGCGGAGGUGGUUUAUGGAGGAAAUCAAGUAAGGCCCAGAGCGGCAGCUCCGUUACAACUGAGCGUGAGGAAGAGUAGAGGCACGGAGAGCUCAGAGACCAUGACGCAGGAACCCAGCUCGAAGUCAGCUUUGUGGGGGGGCACACCGCAAUACAACUAUGUCUGCUUUGAGAAAUGCACCCGUUACGGGAUACCUUUGGAGGCAGGACGCGAGGCCGGGGGGACAGGGGACGACCUGCACUACCUGGAGAACUCCCUCAGCUACCCACAGCUUUAUGGCCAAUACACAGACCAGAUAACCGACUUUGCAGAGAAGGAAGCAGCAAAACUACUGAAUAAGAAGCAGGCCCAAAAGAACAAUGAAAGACCCCUGAAACGUGAGAGUCAAGUAGAGAUCAAAGAAGAGCACUAUUCCAAAUGUCAAGACUGUGCUAGACGCAUCCAGAAAUACGUUACCAAGAAGCUUGGAGAGGACUGGAUUUUCUUGGUUCUGUUGGGUCUGGUCAUGGCGUUGGUGAGCUGGGGAAUGGAUUAUGCCAGUGCGAAGAGCCUACAGGCCUACAAGUGGAUGUACAGAGAGCUGCACCCGAAUGUUCCUAUGCAGUAUCUGGCGUGGGUCACAUACCCACUUGUUCUUAUUCUGUUUGCGGCCAUUUUCUGCCACCUCGUCUCUCCACAGGCUGUUGGGUCUGGGAUCCCAGAGCUCAAGACCAUUAUGAGGGGAGUGGUCCUCAAGGAAUAUCUCACUCUCAAAGCUUUUGUGGCCAAAGUUGUGGGCCUCACAGCUGGUAACCCUCUCUGAUUUUCUUCUCCUCUUCUCUUGCAGGGUCCUUUUGUGCAUAUUGCCAGUAUCUGUGCUGCCGUACUCAGCAAGUUCAUGUCAAUCUUCUGUGGUGUGUAUGAGCAGCCAUAUUAUUAUACGGAUGUCCUGACCGUGGGUUGCGCUGUGGGGGUCGGCUGCUGCUUUGGGACACCACUUGGAGGGGUCCUUUUCAGCAUUGAGGUCACUUCUACGUACUUUGCUGUGCGCAAUUAUUGGAGAGGUUUCUUUGCAGCUACCUUUAGUGCCUUCAUUUUCCGAGUCCUUGCCGUUUGGAACAAGGAUGCAGUUACCAUCACAGCCCUGUUCAGAACGAACUUCCGCAUGGAUUUCCCCUUUGAUCUGCAAGAGCUGCCAGCAUUUGCUGUAAUAGGGAUAUGUUCUGGAUUCCUUGGAGCAUUUUUUGUUUAUCUCAAUCGCCAAGUGGUCCUAUGCAUCCGGCGCCAUACAGCUCUGAGCCGGUUUCUCACCAAAUACCGCCUCAUAUACCCUGGGGUUAUAACCUUCCUUAUAGCGACGGUGACCUUUCCUCCAGGAUUUGGGCAGUUCAUGGCAGGAGAGUUGAUGCCACGAGAAGCCAUCAGCUCUCUCUUUGAUAACUAUACCUGGGCAAAAUACACAGGGGACCCGCAGAUCCUAGGGAAAUCUGCUGCCUGGAUCCAUCCCAAAGUCAGUGUCUUCAUCAUCAUCCUGCUUUUCUUCCUCAUGAAGUUCUGGAUGUCUGUCAUUGCUACCACGAUGCCAAUCCCCUGUGGAGGCUUCAUGCCUGUUUUUGUUCUAGGUGCUGCAUUUGGGCGUCUUAUUGGGGAAAUCAUGGCAUCACUUUUUCCUAACGGGAUCCUCUUCGAUGGUAUUGUCUAUCAAAUCUUACCUGGAGGGUAUGCUGUCAUUGUCUUCUCUCCCUAUUCCUUUUCCACCCUACCUGGGAAAGGUGCAGCAGCUCUGACAGGAGCAGUGAGCCACACUGUCUCCACUGCUGUGAUCUGCUUCGAGCUGACAGGUCAGAUCUCUCACAUCCUCCCCAUGAUGGUGGCUGUCAUUCUUGCCAACAUGGUGGCUCAGAGUCUGCAGCCCAGCCUCUAUGAUAGCAUCAUCCAGGUGAAGAAGUUACCCUACCUGCCAGACCUGGGCUGGAAUCACAUAAGCAAAUACAAUAUCUUUGUUGAGGACAUUAUGGUCCAAGAUGUGAAAUUCGUCUCCUCCAACUGUAAAUACCGAGACUUGCAAACUCUACUCCAAAGCACCACUGUUAAGACUUUGCCUUUGGUGGACUCACCAGAGACCAUGAUCCUUCUGGGGUCUGUAGAGCGAUCUGAACUGCAGGCUCUCCUCCAGAGACAUAUAGGCCCAGAACGGCGACGGCUCCUCAACAGAGAAAUGCAGCAGAAGCUGUAUGAGGCACCCUACGAUGGGCACAGCAAGGGACCGUGGGCAACCCUGCCAAAGCUGAAGCAUGAAUCUUUUGCUUAUGUUGAUGAGGAUGAGGAUACAGAUGAGAAGGGAGAGCUGCCUCGGCCCCCAAGUCCCACUCCCAGUUACCCAGAGGAGCCCAAUGGCCCGACAAGUCCUCUUAAACAAACUUUGGAGCCACAGCAACUCCCAGGUGCUGAUUUCCCAGAGACUGAGAGAAGGAGCUUUCUCUUCUGCUCCUGUAUUAAAGGCAAUUUCAGGAGUCUGAGGCAACUGAUCCAGCAGCUUUUGUGCCAUUACAACCGUCCACUUGAAACAGAGAGCGCCGUCCAGGAACCAGUGGAAGUCAUUGACACAAUGAGGCCAGAAGAGAUAGAUGCUUGGGAACAGGAGGAGCUGGACAAGAAUGUGUGCUUCGACAGCUGCCGCAUAGACCCUUCCCCUUUCCAACUGGUGGAGAGAACUUCCCUGCACAAGACGCAUACGUUGUUCUCAUUACUGGGCCUCAGCCAUGCCUAUGUAACCAGUAUGGGGAAGCUGAGGGGAGUGUUGGCUUUGGAAGAGCUUCAGAAGGCAAUAGAGGGCUCCACACGCUCUGGGGUUCGCCUCCGCCCACCCCUUGCCAGCUUCCGCGAUACCAACCGGAAUUCCAUCAGCAGUGAGAAGGUCAGCCAGGCCUCUCAGGUGUGGAGCCGGCAGGACAACGGCAUGGUGGCAGCACAGCAAGCAGCAGACUUGGGCACAGAGAGCCCACUGCCUCCCUGCUCACACUCCCCCCAGCCCUCACGCUUGCAUGAAGAGGGGGAAGGCCAGUGCUCCACUUAUGCCACUGAUACUGAGUUGGAAGAGAUGGAGCUAACAGGGCCGGUUGCUGAAAACAUCUCAGACAUCCUCAAGGACUUAAGCCUACGCUCCACUGACCUGGAUGAGGAUGAAGAUGAGGAUGAGGAUGUCCCCUUAUAG